UAGAGAGUGAAAUUAAGACAUACUCGCUCAUCUCGCCAGCUGCUGCCAUCACUUGCCCGGCAGACAUGGCGAAGCGGAGCUGCUCCUGCACUUUCUAUGCUGCAGCGUUCCUGUGGGCACUUCUGCUCGGCCCAGCCAUUUGCUAUGCCAGGAAGCACAACACUCUGUUCGUGUUCGGAGACUCCCUCUUCGACCCCGGCAACAACCAGUACGUGAACGCCACUCCCGGCGGCCGAGGCGGCGGCGGCAUGGCCACUUCCCUGCCUUAUGGAGAGACCUACUUCAAGCACGCCACCGGCCGACUCUCUGACGGUCGCCUCGUCCCCGAUUUCAUUGCUGAGUUUGCUAAGCUGCCCAUUCUUCCGGCAUAUUUGCAACCGGGUACCCAAAAUUUGACCAACGGGGCUAACUUUGCGUCCGGUGGAGGCGCUGUUCUGCCCAGCGAUCAUCCCGGACCAAUUGAUUUGGGAAAGCAACUGAGCUACUUCAAGGAAGUGGUGAAAUCGCUGAAAGCCAAGUUGGGCGAUGCCGGGGCCAAGAGGGUCCUCAUGAGAGCCGUCUAUCUGUUCAGCAUCGGAGGGAACGACUACUUUCGCCUCUACAGCACUAAACCGAACGUCACUCAAUCAUACCGCCGCGAAUACAUAUCGAUAGUCAUCGGCAACAUCACAUCAGCUCUCAAGGAAAUUUAUGGGCUUGGAGGACGAAAGAUCGCGUUCCAGAAUGCAGGGCCUCUCGGCUGUUUGCCAGCCACGAGAGCCAGGAGCAACGGAACCGGCUGUGUGGAGGAACUGCAAGCCCAUGCCAGACUUCACAACCGAGAGCUCGCAAUCGCCCUCAGGAAGUUGAAGACCGACUUGCCGGGAUUUGAGUAUUCAAUCUUCGAUUACUACAACUCGCUCAAAGAUCGGAUCUUGAACCCUUCCAAAUAUGGCUUCGAGGAUGGGCAGGCGGCGUGUUGUGGCUCUGGACCUUACCGAGGAUCGAGCUGUGGGGGUUCCCAGAAGUAUGAGGUGUGCAGCGAUCCAAGCAAGUACAUUUGGUUCGAUGGUGCGCACACGACAGAGGCAGCAAAUUACCAGCUGGCGCAACUUAUCUGGAGCGCGGUGGCACCCGUCACAGGGCCUUCCAAUGUGAGGCAACUAUUCAUGCAUUAUGCGGUUUAUGCUACCUCCUUUAGGUGCUGUAAAGUGACUCUGCCUUCAGCAUUCGCCACUCAAAUGACCAUGCUUCACGUGGAUAGCUUCAGCCCACUCUUCCUCACACUGUCCUUCUGCACAAUCCUUCUGCUUCUGCCAAGCUGCCGUGCCGAGCUGCCGGAGAACCACGUGGCGUUCUUCAUCUUCGGGGACUCGCUCUUGGAUGCGGGGAACAACAUCUACCUAAAUGGCAGAGGCACCAAUUACUUGCCCUAUGGAGAGACCUUCUUCAAGAGCCCGACAGGACGAGUCUGCGACGGACGGAUCGUUCCCGACUUCAUAUCUGAAUAUGCAAAGCUUCCAUACAUCAAACCAUACUUGGAGCCCGGGUUCACCGACUACACCAACGGGGUCAAUUUCGCAUCCGCCGGAGCUGGCGUUCUCCCGGAAACUCAUCCCGGAACUCUGUACCUUAAGCUGCAACUGAACUAUUUCGAGGAGGUAGUGAAGGGGCUGAAGCAACAAUUAGGCGAAGGCGAUGCCCGCAAGCUGCUCUCGAAGGCGGUCUAUCUGUUCAGCAUUGGAGGGAACGAUUACAAUGCCAUUCAGAAUAAUCCCAAAGCAGCUGCGUCUUUCAGGAAAAUGUACAUGACCAUGGUCCUGGGCAAUAUCACAGCGGGGAUCAAACAAUUGUAUGCACAUGGAGGGAGGAAAUUCGCCUUCCAGAAUGUCGGACCGAUUGGGUGCAUGCCAGGUACUCGAGCCUCGUCCGGGUCUGAGGGAUGCUUGCACGACCCGACCGUGAUAGCGAAGAUGCACAACAUAGCCCUGUCAAGAGUGCUGAAGAGGAUGGAACAGGGGCUACCGGGAUUCAAAUACGCCCUGUUCGAUUACUACACUUCCCUCACCAUGAGAACUCUAUACAGCUCGAAAUUCGGGUUCAAGGUAGGGAUGAGCGCGUGCUGCGGGAGCGGUCCGUUCAAUGGGCAAUUCACAUGCGGGAAAAAGAAUGGCACGACGAGCAGCUACACUCUGUGCAGCGACCCAAGCGAGUACGUGUGGUUCGAUGCUGCUCAUCCUACCGAGACGGCCAACAGGCAACUCGCGUCUCUGUUGUGGGACGGACCGUCCCACACCGUGGGGCCCUAUAAUAUGAAGAUGCUCUUUGAAAUGUCAUAAUAGUUGAUUUCAUGUCCUAUGUUAUGUCUACACUUUUAGAGACCGAGUAAUAAAAUCAGUAGUUUAUCUA